ACAGCUUAUCAAAUACAAUCGUCUCAUGUUGGUAACACUGUUACCGUGUAUCACUGCGGAGUGCGCACGUGGGAUCGCAUAUACAUGCGUUUAUACAUAGACAAUUAUAGGCGUGGGUGCUUGUGAUCGCGUGUGAUAUGUUGUGCGUUUGACGUAGGACACGUCCAUCGCAUUAUUCGUCGAAAAAAUAAAUAGUUAUCUGUGCUGUUGAUCUGUAAUAGAUUUUGAGAGAUGUUGCAUGAUGAAGAGGAUGAAAAGCCUUUAAAUUUCCAUGAUAUGGAAUUGGACGAUCGAAUUUUGAAGGCAGUUGCAAAAUUAGGAUGGAUAGAACCAACCUUAAUUCAGGAGAAAGCUAUUCCCUUACUGUUAGCAGGAAAAGAUGUUCUCAUAAGAGCAUGGACUGGUUCAGGAAAAACUGCUGCUUUUGCCAUUCCUGUAAUUCAGAAGAUACUAAACUCCAAGAUUACGGCAAAGGAGCAAACAGUGAAAGCACUUGUCUUGGCACCAAGUAGAGAGCUGUGUUCACAAAUCCAGAGAAAUUUCUCAGAACUCGCUAUAAAAUGUUCUCAAGAAGUUCAGUGUGUUGAUAUUUCAUCUCAGGUAUUUACCAAUCUGAAACGAAAGAAAGAUAAGGAAUCUGGAGUGUCAAGAGGUAUCGACUUCCAAUUUGUCUCUAAUGUAUUGAACUUUGAUUUUCCUCUGGAUGUAAACUCUUAUAUUCACAGAGUUGGCCGCACUGCCAGAGGAAAUAACUCUGGUACAGCAUUGUCAUUUGUUAGUAUGAGAGAAAUGCCUUUAAUGAAGAAAGUAGAAGCUGCUUUACAGCCCUUGGAUGCAGAGGAAAGUUUUUUCAAGGCAUAUGAGUUUAAAAUGGAAGAAGUAGAAGGUUUUCGCUAUCGUAGUAAAGAUGCAUGGCGAGCUGUGACACGUGUUGCAGUGAGAGAAGCUCGCCUAAAGGAAAUCAAGCAGGAGAUAAUGAACUCUCAAGUUCUCAAAGGUUACUUUGAGGAUAAUCCGAAUGACUAUAAUACUCUCCGGCAUGACAAGGCAUUGCACACAGUGCGCUUACAGCAACAUCUUACAAAUGUGCCUGAGUAUUUGGUACCUAAUGAAUUGAAACAGCUUACCAACACAUCUACUCGGAAACGAACAGCAAGGGAUCCUGUUAUUCAUUUAACACACACAAAAAAGAAAUUUCAGAGAAAUAAGGCCAAUCCGUUAAUGAGCUUUGAAUUCAAGGGUUUCAAGAACGAUAAACAGCGGAAAGAUCAAACAAAGCCACACAAAUCAAAGAAAAAAAAAGACAUAGAAUUUAUAGAUGAAUGAUCAUUCUCUCCUUUUUAUCAUGUAUCAAAGACAUGAAUAUAAGUUUAAAAAUACUUUUACUUUGUUAAAUGCACCACGUUUUAUUAUUUAUGAACCAAUCUUCUAUACCACAGUAGAUUUUAGAAAUUCAAUUCCUUGUUGAUAUUACAAUAUUAGUAUUGCUAUAUGUGUUAUGUAAAUAAUAAUCAUCAGUGAAACAACUACAGCACAUCAACAAAGUACCUUGAAUUGAAACAGGCUAGUUUUCUCUGAGUGGAUCAGCUGUGGAUGAUGACUGUAGAAUAACAGUAGUAAUAAAGAAAGUUAUAAUGAUGAAAAUGAGAAUUACACUAAUUGGUCUGUUCUGGGCUCUGCCGAAGUCUUUGUUACUUGCCUCAAAGUUUAUGAACAUUCACUCCAGACGCACUCAGCAGAAAGAAAUGGUUCCUUCCCACAUCUCUUCUUUUCUAACCUUAUUAAUCUAACUAUAUCCCUGUGCUAAGCUAUCCACUACCAAA